AUGAAACCAAAAUACCCAUCUCUAGAUGAUAUUCUAGCUGAUAAAGCCCCUCACCCUUAUUCCUUGGCUAAUUUUAUCGGAUUUCUAUCCCAAAAUCAUUGCCUUGAAACUAUCGAAUUCACGCUGGACGUGGCCCGCUAUACUGAAAAAUACUCUCAACAUUCCUCUUCUAAAGCUGAACUUAAUAAAAUGUGGCAAAGAAUAGUUGAUGCAUAUAUUCGAAAUGAUUCUCCAAGAGAAGUUAAUCUACCAUGUGAAAUUAAAAAGAGAAUAGCAAACUCUUCUUCUUCUUCUUUUUCUUCAUCUUCUUCUUCAUCCUCUUCUUUUUCUUCUUCAACUUGUUCUCCUUGUUGGAAAAAUCUUCCUUCUACUAACUGUGCAGCCGCUAUAAAUUAUUGUACUGCAAUUGUUGGUGCAAUUUCAAAUUCUUCUACUACACAAUAUCAUUCAGAUGACGAUGAACCUGACCCUCCUUCACCAACUUUACUUGCCCCAGCAGUAGCUUUAGCAAAAGAUAUGAUGAAGGAAAACGUUUACAUUCCCUUUUUGGCCAGUGUAAAAUGCUCAGCAGCAGGCCAAGAAAAUGAUUCAAAAAGCCCGUGUUUUUUAGGCUUUUGUGGAGGAGGAGGAGGAGGAGGAGGAGGAGGAGUUACAAGCGCAGCCACUCAACACCAACAGCUACAACACAUUACAGAAUAUUCUCCAUUCGCUAAACCACCAUCAAAUUCCUCUUCGCCUUGCUCCUGGCAACAACCAAGUUCUUGGGAAUCCCCAUGUUUCUCCAUUUCUAAAUCUUCAUCUUCCGAAUCUCUUUAUACGGGUGACGAACAUGGUUUCAACAAUAAUAUCAGUAGUAGUAGUAGUAGUAGUACUGCUACUACUACUACUACUACUACUACUACUACAACACAUAAUAUACUGAAAACACCAGCAAUUAAUAACAAUAACAAUAAUAAUUGCAACUCUAAAACAAGUGAUGCUACGAUAUCUACAUGCACAUCCACAACUUCUACAGCCUCAAGUAAACCAACCACAUUAUCAAUAGCCGCAAGUGGUCCCAUGACUCCUCCAGAAUCUCCUCAAGAUUAUGAAGAACCUUUAAGGAGUUUUUCAGCUCAUGAAUGUGCCACGUUUCCAUUAUCCAAAAGUUCAUCAACAGAUACUAAUUCUACAUUUCCCCAGUACACUGAGAUUCAUCCUCAACAACAACAACAAGUUGGACCUUAUAGAAGUCAUUGGAGGAAAAUGUCAAAACGUCUUAAAUGGAGACGAGGAUCGGAUAAAGAUUCUAAACCAUUACCACCUACCUCUGUAGCAGCAGCAGCACCACCAGCAGCACCAGCGGCAUCAGCAGCACCGCCAUCAUCAACAGCUACAUCACAGACACCAACAACUACCACUACAUUUUAUUAA